AUGGAACAAGGAUUUAUCAAGGCCAACAGCUCUAACUUGCUCAGAGUUGAUAUGUUAAUGUUGGAGGAGUUUUUUGCAUCCAAUAAAGACUUUUCCUCUUCUGAGUUUCGCCGUCGUUGGGUGAAGAGGAUUAUUAGGUCAGAAGCCCCUCCCCCACGUUUGUAUGGAUUACCGAAGAUUCACAAAGAAGGAAUACCACUAAGACCAAUCGUCAGUGCCCCGGGAUCACUAACUUACGAUAUAGCAAAAUAUCUAUCCUCUCUUCUGCAGCCACACUUGAGGUCUACAGAAACAUACAUCAAGAAUUCCGAACAUUUCAUUAAGAAGAUCCAAGACCUCAGCUUCGAUGUUGUAUCUCUAUUCACAAAGGGACCCAUGGAAGAAUCCAUAGAAUUAGUGGCGGAGCUUUUUGAAGAGAGUACAACAAAUCUGUUCAAGGCUUCUCUAAAGGGCAGCUACUUCCUGUGGAAUGGAGAUUACUACGAACAACAGGAAGUAGUAGCCAUGGGAAGCCCACUCAGUCCAGUGGUGGAGAAUCUAUUCAUGGAGAAGUUUGAGGAAACAGCGUUGAGCACCGCACCCCCUAAACCAACGAUCUGGUACCGAUAUGUCGAUGACACGUUCGUGCUAUGGAGGCAUGCACGCAAAAACCUGGACAUCUUUCUCGAUCAUCUAACCAAACAGCACCCAGACAUCCAAUUUACUCUAAGCGUCUACAUAGGAACUAGUAAGAGAUCGAUUGCGACGAGAAUAGAAGAAGACCGACGGAAUUGUAAACUGGGACAUGUGGAAAAGUCGGCAGUGGCGGAACACGCCCUCGGCGAUGGAACACACAACAUCUAUUUCGGAGAGGCACAGGUCCUGGCCACAACAACAGGGUAUCGCCCCCGACUAAUACGAGAAGCCAUUGAAAUACACAAACACGACGACAAUUUCAACAGAAAAGAAGAAGCAAUGGCGCUAAACAGAAUAUGGUUUCCAGCACUCAGCAACGCAAAAAGAGCAAGAAGAAGCAACAGCUCAGGACACGAGAGAAGAUCUAGUACACCGGAGGAUAGCAACAGCCAACAGAUUGCGCAGGCUCCGAUGACACAGGCCACGUCAUCACAAACCACGUCAUCGCAUACGGUGCAUAAAUACGGACUGCGCCCGAGGAAUGACAUCAGAACAGUGGAAGCCUUCAAUUCAAGCGAUGAUCUGCCAUGUGAUAUUGAGAACGAAGAUUUUAAUGUUGUUUCGGAUCUUCUGCCAGGGAAACCACGGAAGAGCUCCAAGAAGCUUUUGAUCGGUACCAGAAAUGGUGCAGUAAGCGAAAGAUACACACACAAGAACAUCGAACACCAAAGGGACGAGGGUUUCUUUUUGGAAUAUCUUAAUUUUUGUAAUCGUAGAAUACAAAUUUUUGCAGGUGUACUUCAACUUCUCCAGAACAGAACGUCGCGUAGAUUUUUACAGUCGCGGCUUACCCCAGAGAUGGAAAGGAAAUUAGUGUUUUUAACGUCUCAAGUCCGAUUUGGAAACCAUAAGCGAUAUCAGGAUUGGUUUCAGAGACAGUAUCUCGCCACGCCGGAGUCUCAGUCACUAAGAUGUGAUAUUAUCAGGUUUAUAGUAGGAGUGAUUCAUCCUACAAAUGAACUUUUAUGUUCUGAUAUAAUUCCACGGUGGGCAGUGAUUGGGUGGUUGCUAACAACCUGUACAAGUAAUGUUGCUGUCUCCAAUGCAAAGCUCGCUCUAUUUUAUGAUUGGUUAUUCUACGAUGUUGAAAAGGAUAAUAUUAUGAAUAUUGAGCCAGCCAUUUUGGUAAUGCACCAUUCAAUGAGGUCGCACCCAGCUGUGACUGCAACCCUUUUGGAUUUUCUUUGCCGAAUAAUUAAUCAUUUUUAUCCUCCGUUGUCUGAUAAAGUUCGGACUGGAAUUUUUAGUUCGCUUAGGCAAAUUCUCGAUAAACGAGUGCUCCCUAGUUUAGUACCUUUAUUUGACAACUCAAAAUUGGAUAGAGACCUAAGGAACAUGGUAAAAGAGACGUUUAGGGAGUUUUGUACUGAGCCUUCCAAUUUGCAUUCGUCAAGUUCAACGUCACGUGAAGAUUUAAACAAUGUUAAUAAAUUCGAAGAUGAGACAAUAGAAAUUUCCUUGAACAAUCAUCUUUUAGAUAGUGAACCAACUUUUAGUGAUGAUGAUGAUGAGUCGGAAUUAAAAAUAACUAGCAUGGAAGAUGAUACCGAUGAUGAUGAUAUUCCGUUGUCAAAAGUCCGAUUAAAAGAAAAAAGCGACAAAAGUGACGACAGUUUUAUCGAUGGUUUGUUGGGAGAUCUCUUAGGAAAGCUUCAAGAAGAAAUCGAUUCCGACAAGCGCUGUUACAUUACCGAGGAAAUAAUAGCAGAAUUAAUAGAGUUAGAUAUCAACAAAAAUCAAAGUGAUGAGGAUAUGCUGUGUUCAGUGUCCCGUGCAUUUGCUAAUUGCAUUAUCGACGAUUUACCAAGUGACAAAGUGUUUCCUGACGUGCUCAGUCAAGACAAGCUGACGGACAGUGUACGAAAGCCUCUUUUUGUUAUCCUUAAGACUGUUUACGGGUAUUCAAGUUCAAAAGAUGACCAAACUAAGAAGAGCAUUCUUAUUCGUUUUCUAGCGGAGAUGCAUUCUCAGUUACCUUGUCUAGGUUAUUUUGUACUCUACUUUCUCAAAGUGCAAAUAAGGACGGAGAAUAAGAAAGACGAUAAUACCAAGGCCAGUGCUCUUAAAAUCGCUUUAUAUAAGGAAUUUUGUAAUAGUAUUGAGAAAAAAUUGGACCAAUGUCUUUAUGACGAUUUAUACGCAUGCCAUAUGGUGGACACCAAGCUCAUGAUGUGGAUUGUGCCAGACCUUUAUCGAGAUUUCAAACAGCAUAUGGUUAACAAUGCACAGACUCUAAAAGUGAUCAUUUCCGCUAUAGAUGCCAAACAAUUACAGACUUUGGUUGGAAAGGUAUUGCAAGGACACCUGGUCAUGUUUAAGACUGAAAAUCUGCAUAGUCUUCUUAAGGCUACUCUCUGUUGGGAAUCGAUUGAACAGUUUUUCUUUUGGCAACUGAUCAACGCGCAUGAUUUCAACAUCGACACUGUAUUGCCUCUUAUUACGGAACUUGAUUAUGAUCUACAUCCCGAGGCGCUCACGGCCAUAAUGUUGAUGCUGAAACAGGAGAAACCGAACGCGGACUACAUUAAAUGUCUUUUUUCAAGGGAUAUCUGUGAUAAUGGUGAUUUGUUUAUCUUUACCGUGAUAAAGUACUGGUGCGACGAGUACAUUGACAAGGUGGCUGAGUUAAUAUCUGCACUUUUGAGUACGAGGUAUCCGUCAACAUCACCGAACAAAAGGAAAAGAACUAACGCAGGUAAUAAAGUAUUAAGUACCACAGUUCCAAGCGCGGACCAGGUCUUAGGACAUUUAGAAAAAUUAAGAAUAAUCUGUGAAAAACAUGACUGCAUGGCGAUAUACACUUUAGAUUCCAUGCAGAGGGCUCUGAGUGUGGCUCAAAGCAAUAGUAACGAUAGCCAAAGAAAGCUGUUUGGAGAAUUAUUUGCAUUAAUGGAAGAGGAAGAAGAAAUAAGCGCAACGAAGAGUAGUCGGUUGCAGGGCAGAGGACGAAAGCCGGCAUCUUCUAGUAAACCUCCCGUUGCAACUGUAAGUUCCAGUAAAAGACAGGCAGUCAGAGAUCUGACCGACAGCUCAGACGACAGUAGCGAGGAAGAAGAAAUUGUUAAACCAAAACAGGCGAAGAAGAGGAAAAAAAUAUUGUCCGAAAGCGAUUGACAGAUUGAAUCAUUGAAAUUUCAGCCCAUUUUCGGGCUAGUGACUUUCGAUUGUCAUAUCAAUGAAAAUAAUACGCUUAUUAUAAGACAAAGGAGGAAUGCUGUGUUAUCGUUCUGGAAGAAGUGACGCCGCCAAUAUAAAAUCACACCACUGCCAUUCCCAGCUCUUAAGGGAGGAUCUAUUGUUUUCGAGCAGUCGUACUUGGCCAACUAUGUUCCAUUUAUCUAGUAUCUUAAUUAUUGAUUUGCUAAUAUUUAAGGACGUGAGUAAUGGGUUAUUUUGCGAACAACGGUUUUUAAUUGCAGGUGACUUCUAAAUGAAAUGUUUUUUUGUUUCACGUGCCCUACUCAAUGUUUUCUUAUAAUUGGCUUAAAACAAAAUCAAAAUGCACUUUAAUACGUAACACUUUUGAUUUAAUCUAAGUGUAUCUACACACAAAUGCUGUCCAAAAUGGUAAACCAUACCUACUCAUGCAGUGAAAUGAUUAAUUAAGUUUCUAGUACAAAAUAAUGUUGAUUUUUGUUAGGUCGACAAACUGUUAACAAAUAUGAUCUUCAAUCUUUGAAGGCAACAUAUAUAAAUUAUUUAGAAAAGAGAAUAAAUUUCAAAUAACAAAUAUCAAAUAACCAUUUUAUAACCAACUACAAGCCUUUUAUUAUUACUUCAGCUACAUGCCAAUUUGUCUUCGGACCAUAGACUGUGUUGACCACAACUUCUGUACGUGUAUGAAUGUUGACUCAUUGUCUGGUUAUCUCUGCAAAUACGUCUAAAAUAUUUAAAGUUUAAUCAGAGAAACACCCACAGUUAAGCAUCAUAAAUAUUUUUUUACGAACAUAACUGUUGUACAGUGUAAUUAAUGUAAUAAAAUUAGGAAAUUAUCUCACAUCCCGCGACAAUUAAACACACGUAUUAGUCGGUAACACUCACAUUUUCGCUAAUUCAGUCCAACCAAAGUAAAGGGGUUUCCAAUAAUAACGAUAUGUUUUUAAAAUGAAAUAAAAUAGAAUGUAUUUACGAUAGUCGCAAAA